GCUGCGUAGGGCGACACUUUUUUUUUCUGUCGCCGGCCGCAAUCUCUGUGGAUCGGGCGGUCCGGGCCCGGCGGCGGUCUCUCGGGCUGUAAAUGAAAAAAAUAGCAUGGGCAUGUCUGUCUUGCCUUGCCCUGUCUUGCCCUGUCUUGCCCUGUCUUGCCCUGAGACUGUCUACUACAGGGCGCGGCGGGCGCCGAUGCGGUCGCACUCCAGGGCCGAUCGCACCUCACCAGAAGCCUGUAGCAAAAGAGCACCCGCGCCAUCUCCCGUUUUCAACACCACCACCAACCCAACGUGCCACGCUCCGCCGAGCCUCUGUUGAAAAGAACCCCCACGCCCGGCAAACCCCCACCACGGCCGAGCCAACAAACCGCCGAGCCAACAAACUGCCAAGGCCCCAAAACCGCCGAGGCCCCAAACCCGCCGAGGCCCCAGAACCGCCGCAGCGUGGCUUUGCACUCCCCUCAUCUGCGCACGGCACCAUGGAUCUCUCAAACCUCUCCAGCACGCUCCCGCCCACAAAGUCGCUCGAGCUGGUCUCGCUCGGCACCCUCACCGGCGAGCUCACGGACGAGUUCAAGAACGCGGCCAAGUCCGUGGCGGCGCUCUACAACGCGCGCCCGCAGAAAAGCGACCGCGGCCCCGGCGCCACGGACGUCCAGGCGGAGUUUGCCACGGCGGCCAAGGCCGUGGCCUCGCUCUACCGCUUGGGCACGAGCUCCGGCGUGCUCCUCAUGCACAAAGGCUACUUGGAGUGCUUGGACGAGCUCCUCGCGGAGAUUGCCAGCGGCGAAGACAUCGAGAACUGGGCACUCACGAAGCGCGCCGAGCUCACCAACUUGUACACGCACAAGGACGCAGCGCGGGCCGGCCCGCCCGCGGCGGCGCUGGAAGCGCCGGGGCUGGCCGGGGCCGGCGACCACGAGUUCACGUUCCCGCCCGAGCUCGCGUCGCACACGCCGUUCCGGCCCGGCGUGCCGCCGCUCUCGGUGAGCUUCCACGCCAAGCACCGCAAGGCGCCCGGCAGGGCCGUGCCCGCGGCCGCCCCCGCGGCGCAGCUGGACGCGGACAGCGACGCGUCGGACCUGGGCAGCGACCGCGACGCGAGGCGGAAGCGGCGCGCGGCGAGGGCGCAGCAGGACGCCGGCAAGAGACGGAGACGCGACGUCGCGAAGCGGGAGGCGCCGGGCGGCGCCGCGUGACGCCGCCGUCUACGUGGGCGGGAGCGUGCAGGCCGACGAUACGGGGCCACGGUACAUAUAUAUAUAUAUAUUCUGGGAAGUCGCCAAUGCAUGCAGGGCCACGGGCCGGGCCGCUAGUAGCCGAACAAGCCGUCGGAGUUGUCGCCGUCGUCGGGGUCGUAGCUGUCGUAGUCGUCGGAGCUGCUGGCGGAGGCGGCGUCAUCGGAGCUGGAGCUGUCCCCGGCGGCC